GAGAGAGAAGAAACAGAGCAUCAGAAAGAACAGUUAAAGAUCUGCAAGAAUUGCCCGCUCCCCUUUGUCUUCUCUGUCAUUAGCUUCCUCCUAUGUAUUCACUUCGAAACUUUCACCUCUCCCAUCUCUGCUGAUCCCAGAUUUAGAAAGUUGAAGAAGAAGAAGAUUGGGGGGGAGAGAGAGAGAGGGAUUCAUUACUUUUAUAAAAAAUUGGAUUUGCAUUGAGUAAUUUAGUCUGCUGUCUGCACAAAAUCUCCCAUUUCCUUCCUUCUCUCUCAUUUCUUGCUGGGGAUUGAAGUGGGUGUGUUGCCUUUAGGCUUUAAAUUGUCAGAUUGGUGUUAUGUAGAAGAAGCAAGGAAUGAUAGGGGAGAGAGAGAGAGAGAGAGAGAGAGAGAGAGCGAGAGAAGAGAGAGAAGCAUACAGAGUCUGCCAUUAAUAAAGAAACAGGAUCUUGGGAGUAGGGAGUGCCAUUGCCAGAUCAGACUCAACCCCCCAGAAGGGAAUUUGAUCCUUUUUGGUGAUUCUUUGUGUGCGAGUGUGAGUAAGGGAGCUGCCCAGCAAUGGAGGCAAGCGCUGGCCUUGUUGCCGGUUCGCAUAACCGUAAUGAGCUCGUGGUCAUUCGUAGAGAUGGCGAUCCUGCGUUGAAGCAGUCGCAGCACUUGACGGGACAGAUAUGCCAGAUUUGCGGAGACGACGUGGGGCUGAAUGCAGACGGGGAGCUGUUCGUUGCGUGCAAUGAGUGCGCGUUCCCUAUUUGUCGGACUUGCUACGAGUACGAGCGUCGCGAGGGAAACCAAGCUUGUCCUCAGUGCAAGACCCGGUUCAAGCGUCUAAAGGGGUGCGCAAGAGUGGCAGGAGAUGAGGAGGAAGAUGAUAUCGAUGAUGUAGAGAACGAAUUUAAUUUCGAAGGACGGAUGAGGGGAAAUAUGCAGCAAUCGCUUGCUGCUGAAGGGAUGCUUCAUGGGCCUGCGAAUUAUGGCCUUGGCUACGAUCCCGAUCUGCCUCAGGCCAUUCAUCCGUUCCAAAACAAUGUUCCUCUCCUCACCAACGGCCAAAUGGUCGAUGAUAUUCCUCCUGAUCAGCAUGCUUUGGUCCCCUCGUACAUGGGGGCUGGUGGUGGCGGCGGAGGCAAAAGAAUCCAUCCUUUACCCUUCACAGAUCCCAAUCUUCCCGUUCAACCAAGAUCCAUGGACCCAUCCAAGGACUUGGCUGCUUACGGCUAUGGGAGUGUAGCCUGGAAGGAGAGGAUGGAGAGCUGGAAACAGAAGCAGGAGAAGCUUCAGAUGAUGAAAAAUGAAAAAGGCGGCAAAGAUUUGGACUAUGAUGGAGAUGGUCCUGAUAUACCUCUAAUGGAUGAGGGGAGACAGCCAUUAUCGAGGAAGUUGCCUGUUCCUUCAAGCCAAAUCAAUCCUUACCGUAUGAUCAUCAUAAUCCGACUUGUCGUCCUUGGGUUCUUCUUCCACUAUCGAAUAACGCAUCCAGUGAAUGAUGCUUUUGCCCUGUGGCUCAUCUCUGUCAUCUGUGAAAUUUGGUUUGGAAUCUCGUGGAUUCUCGACCAGUUCCCGAAAUGGCUCCCUAUUGAAAGGGAAACUUACUUGGACAGACUGUCUCUGAGGUAUGAGAAGGAAGGCCAACCUUCUCAACUCUCGUCUGUCGAUAUCUUUGUGAGUACGGUGGACCCAUUAAAGGAACCUCCACUGGUGACUGCAAACACGGUCUUAUCGAUCCUUGCAGUGGACUACCCAGUAGACAAGGUCUCUUGCUAUGUCUCUGAUGAUGGUGCUGCUAUGUUAACAUUCGAAGCUCUCUCAGAGACUUCGGAGUUCGCCAAGAAGUGGGUUCCUUUCUGCAAGAAGUUCAGCAUCGAGCCAAGGGCACCAGAGUUCUAUUUCGCCCAGAAGAUAGAUUACCUUCAGGACAAAGUCCAAGCCUCAUUCGUGAAGGAGAGGAGGGCAAUGAAGAGAGAGUAUGAAGAGUUUAAGGUUCGAAUCAAUGCUUUAGUCGCAAAAGCCCAGAAGGUCCCUGAAGAAGGAUGGACUAUGCAGGAUGGGACUCCUUGGCCUGGAAAUAAUGUCCGUGAUCACCCUGGCAUGAUUCAGGUCUUUCUCGGACAAAGUGGAGGGCAUGACACUGAUGGCAAUGAGCUACCCCGCUUGGUUUAUGUCUCCAGAGAAAAGAGACCCGGCUUUAACCACCACAAGAAGGCUGGAGCUAUGAAUGCUUUGGUGCGAGUUUCUGCUGUUCUCACGAAUGCACCUUACCUGCUGAAUCUCGACUGUGAUCACUACAUCAACAAUAGCAAGGCCCUGAGGGAAGCGAUGUGCUUCCUGAUGGAUCCACUGCUUGGGAAGAGAGUUUGCUAUGUGCAGUUCCCUCAAAGAUUUGACGGUAUUGAUAGGCAUGAUCGAUAUGCCAACAGAAACACCGUGUUCUUCGAUAUUAACAUGAAAGGUCUGGAUGGGAUUCAAGGGCCGAUUUACGUCGGGACAGGGUGUGUGUUCACAAGGCAAGCGUUAUACGGCAUAGAUGCUCCAAAAGCGAAGAAGCCGCCUACUAGGACUUGCAACUGCUUGCCAAAAUGGUUGUGCUGCGGGUGCUGUUGCUCAGGAAGGAGGAAGAAGAAGACGAAGAGCAAGAACAAGUUGGAGUCGAAGAAGAAGAGCCUUAGCAGUAAGAAGGGAGAACUCUUGGCUCUGCCUGCCUUGGAAGGGAUUGAAGAAGGCAUUGAAGGAAUCGAAUCUGAGAGUUUGAUCCCUCAGCAUAAGCUGGAGAAAAAGUUUGGUCAAUCUCCUGUUUUCGUGGCAUCUACCCUACUUGAAGAUGGCGGGACACUGAAGAGUACAAGCCCCGCAUCUCUCCUUAAGGAAGCUAUCCACGUUAUCAGCUGUGGCUACGAAGACAAAACUGAAUGGGGAAAAGAGGUUGGAUGGAUUUACGGCUCUGUGACAGAGGAUAUAUUAACAGGCUUCAAGAUGCACUGUCAUGGGUGGCGCUCAAUAUACUGCAUCCCUCCUCGUCCCGCAUUUAAGGGGUCUGCUCCAAUCAAUCUCUCUGAUCGUCUGCACCAAGUCCUUCGGUGGGCACUCGGUUCCAUCGAGAUCUUCUUGAGCCAGCACUGUCCAAUUUGGUAUGGGUACGGAGGUGGCCUCAAGUGGUUGGAGCGCUUGUCAUACAUCAAUGCAACAAUCUAUCCAUGGACAUCGAUUCCUUUGCUGGCAUACUGUACCUUGCCUGCUGUGUGCUUGCUCACUGGAAAAUUUAUCACACCAGAGCUUAGCAAUGUGGCGAGCUUGUGGUUUUUGUCCCUCUUCAUCUGCAUCUUUGCCACGAGCAUCCUCGAGAUGCGGUGGAGUGGGGUAGGGAUUGACGAGUGGUGGAGGAACGAGCAGUUCUGGGUCAUUGGAGGAGUUUCUGCCCACCUCUUUGCUGUGUUCCAAGGACUCCUGAAGGUCCUGGCUGGUGUUGACACGAACUUCACUGUGACAUCAAAGGCCGGGGAAGAUGAGGAGUUCUCGGAGCUCUAUGCCUUCAAGUGGACCACCCUUCUCAUUCCACCAACGACUCUACUCAUCAUAAACCUCAUUGGAGUCGUGGCUGGUAUCUCGAAUGCCAUCAACAACGGGUAUGACUCGUGGGGGCCUCUAUUCGGGAAGCUGUUCUUUGCUUUCUGGGUGAUUGUUCAUCUGUACCCCUUCCUCAAGGGUCUUCUGGGUCGGCAGAACCGGACCCCGACAAUCAUCAUCGUGUGGUCUAUUCUGCUUGCAUCUAUCUUCUCCCUCCUGUGGGUCAGGAUCGAUCCGUUCCUGGCCAAAUCAGAUGGACCAGUCCUGGAGGAAUGCGGGUUGGAUUGUAAUUAACAGAGGAUUCGGUGUCAAGAGUAUUUACUGGUACAUAAUAUCUCAAGUGGUUCCAACAAACAACGCCAGCAUUUUGUAUGUAGAGCCCUGCAGGCUCUGCUCAAUCCUCAGCUUCUCAUUGUCUCGGUUUCGGAAGCUCAGGAGAAACGAGCGACCAAACCACAAGGGCUGUUGCUGUUUGCAAUCUUUUUCGGUUUUGAAAGGAUCGUUGCUGAGUGGAACUACAACCUUUGGUUUUUGAUUCUUUAUAUCUUCGAUAUUUAUUAUCUAUAUAUACAGGUAAAUCCGAAAAAAAAAAAGGAAGGGUGCCGAGUCGAACAUCUGAUGUGUAAUUCGUGCCUCCCCUUCCGUCCUUUUUUUUUUUUCUUCCUUCCUUUUCUUCUCAUGAUUUUGGAAUAAUGUUGGCGGUGCACUGGAUCCCGCAAUCUGUAACUAUAAGGAAGAAUUCUUGGAUGGGGAGGGAUGUUUUAUGUUGUUGUGUUGGCCUGUAAUGUUGUUAGGUGAUUGUAUUGUUGCUGCUGCUGAAAGUGGCUCUUCCAUGUACAAGAUGAAUGGGAAAAGGGGGAAAGUUGAAUUUGUGUUGUCCAACAGAGAUAUGUGUUCAAAAAUUUGCUCCAUCUA